CAGCUCACGCGUGCACCGCGUCCGCGUUUAAGAGCUCUUCCCCUGCCUUAAUUUGUCAGUCUCCUCAACCUCGCUUCCACGCUCGCCUUCUUCCAGUUCCGUCUCUGGGUUUUCCUUUCGUUGCAAAGUAUAUUUCGGUCCCAUUUUCACUAUUUCAAGUUGCAAUGCUCAUGAAUCUGCCCAUUAUCACGGCCUCCAGAUAGCGACGCGGUCAUAGCUGUGGAGCUCGGCUCGAAGGUUCAAUUUCCCAAUGGCAACUCCGGCGGUGAUGUUGAACCUCCUGCAGUCCUUACCACCUCGGCCGCCGACACCGCCUCGAGAGACCAUCCAUGAUUCCGAGGCUCAGACAAGGCACCUUGCCGUCUGUCAACCCUCCGGACCACGACUGAACAUCCAGACCCCUCCCGGCAUCUACUCGCCCAAUUCCGAGAGCGACUCCAAUUCGUGCUCUUCCCGGCGUGCACGGAAAAAGGUUGGCUUCUCGGCUCAGGCCGAGUACAAGGAACCCCCCGUGUAUCCGGAAACCAAUACCGGGAAACUCCACCCUACUCCCGUAUCCCUUCCUCCAAGCUCCUCAAAACCAGUCAAGUCGAUCCUGAAAGUCACCUACUGCCCAAACCCUCUCGAUUUAACUUCCUCGACGCCCUUUGAUCCCGCCGACGCCAAGGCAAAUCUCGCAGCGAUGCUAGACUCAACCAUACAGCAGCUCGCUGGGGCCGACCGCGAGUCAAGGCUCGAUGCCUACAUGAUGUUGGUGCAGGCUUUGAAAGCCUCUGACAAUCUCCCGGACCGCGUUGCGCUUCAUGAGAAGAUGAGCUUGUUCAUGCAAUUCAUCCAACGAGAUAUCACGAUCAAGGCGUCCAGUAGCACCGUCGAUUCAUCCCUCGUCAACCACGCACUCAAUCUCCUAAUCACCUUUUUCAAUUUCCCCGCCAUCGCAUCAGCCCUUUCCAACGACUUUGGCGUCUUUAUCCUGGACCAUUGCAUACGGUCAUUUGAGGAUACGUCCGCGCCCAAGGACGUUGUCCGCCGUCUGAUGCAGGUUGUUGCUGUUCAGAAUUUCUCCCCAAAAGUCAUGACCUCCGACAGAGUCGCGCGACUGGUUUCGUCAUUACACAAGAUCGAGGGACAUCUGAAGGGAAAGAGCAUCAUCAUGUCUCGGGUACUCAUCUACCGGAAACUCGUGAAGCAGUCCAGGCAACUAAUGGUGCUGCACUCGGACUGGCUGUUCGAUUUGUUCACCGAUAUGCUCAGCGGGCUGAAGGAGAUACGAUCUGCUGCAAUAUCUCUCGGCCUCGAAGCUGCAUUCAGCAUUGGCAAGGAGAAGGUAUUGUCUAGGAAGGUUAUGGAGAUGCUCAACCUUACCUCUGAGGACAAGACGUACAUCGAAUACUACGAAGAGAGACUUCACGCCAUGGGCAAGGAGAAGGCCGAUUCGGCCUCGGUGCCUCAGAUAUGGAGCGUCGUCAUGCUCCUUCUGCGCUGUCCAUUCGAUAAAUGGGACCUGUUCAGUCGCUGGUUACACAUCAUGCAGACAUGCUUCAACAGCAGCGACUUCCCGACAAAGAAGGAGGCAAAUUUGGCAUGGAGUCGCUUGGUGUAUCUGGUCCACCUCGAGGAUCGAUCGUUCUCCAAGAUGAUCUCGACGUUGAGCCAGCCGUUAGCCUCGCAACUCAAACGAAAGGGCUUGAACAAGAACACGGAGGAAUUACGCAAAAUCGUUCUCGGAGGCAUCUGCAACAUCUUCUAUUACGCCUUCAAGCCGACGACCAACCUGACCCUCCUAGACGGAUACUGGGACAACUGUGCUAAGCCUCUCAUGAAGCAACUCCUCGACCGGAAGGCCGACAAUGCACCGGAUGGCCUCUCUCAAGCAAGCGCGAUUCUAAGCGGGCUAUUCGACUGCUCAACUCCUCGAUUGUGGAAGGAGGACCACGUCACUCAACACCCGCUGGUAAGGCCCGAAGAACUCCCCGCCAUCGACUCAAAAUGGGUCCGGCGAAAUGCCAGCAGAGUUUUCGGGAUCGUCGGGCCUAUCCUCGAGAGGGACUUGUCUGCAGUGGCCGAUAGCACCACUGCCACUCACAGGUUGUGGCGAGCACUUGUUGGGACAGUCGCUUCUGCAGCCUCGAAAGAAAUCAAGGUGUCGAUAGACACUGCAAAUUUCGUGGCUCAUGCUUUCAACGUGCUCCAGAACGUCUGGGCGCGAGGCCCGAAGACAGGAAACGAGGCGGAGAGUAGUUCUCAGUUCCUGAAGGGUGUACUGGCAUACCUGGGGACCAUGGUCGACUCGCUGGGCCUCUUGCCGUUCACCGAGAAGUUGCUCUCCAUGGACAAGCAGAACCACUUUAUCCCGAUUACGACGCCGACGCAUCGCCCUGGGAAAUCCCAAGGAAUGACCAAAGCCCCGCUCCACCAUCUAUUCUCCAUUCUAUCAACCCUCCCUCCGCUCGUUCCAGACGACGACAAAUUCGCCAGCUUCUUCGCAUCUGCCUUUGCGCCCUUCUUCACCACGAAAAGUGACAAGGGGCGGAUGGACCUGGCUGAAGACCUGCUGUCAUCACUCCCGAUGGACGCGUUGAGCCCAUAUGGCCCAUGGUUACUUGUUGCUGACAAGAUCUCGAUGUGGUUGGAGGCUGGUCCCAGCAGCGUUCAAACUAGUUUCUCUGGCAGCGAGGCCCCCGUUGGCCAUGACUACCGGGACAUCGCCAGGGUGCUCGAACGCGGUCUGAAGUCGACCCCCAACUUGCCAUGGAAAUCUUGGCAGUCGUUGUUCUCCUCUCUCUGUUUCCGCUGUCGAGACGAGGCUGGCGAUGCUGGGGUAGCGAUUGUCGCCAUCGAACCCCUGGCCAAGGUGCUUUUGGAUAUGUGGUCUGCCGGAGAUUCUUCCGAAGUCACAGACCCGGGCGUAAUGGCCAAAUGCACCGCGGAGCUGCUCUCCAUGGCCACUCAGCCACGAGAUCGCCAGGCUGUAGAUGCCGCCAGGCGCCGUCUCUGGGGGACAGUGGUCUCAGGUACCAGGUCGGCCUCAUUCGACACCUUCGACCACCUCUACAAACUAGUCAAUCUAGCGCUGGCCCAACUGUACCAGGCAGCCAUCCCCCAGACUGCCGAAGGAGUUGUGUCUCUCUUGAGAGAAAUCGGAGGCUUCCUGGAUCGUUCUAACCCACAACUGGUCCUGAAGUCACUGCUUAUCCUCCAAAGUGGCAUCGCCUUCUGGAUCCAGGACAAUGAAGCAGAGACCCGUCGUCAACAUGCCGACGUGGUCGAGGCUGUCAAAUCUCUGUGGGAGAAGACCUCGAGCAUCCUGGCGACCAGUGACCAGACUCGGCAUUUGCAGCUUGAUGCCCUGGAACCCCUCCUUUGUGCCGCAUUCGGGAGCAAGCACCGGCAUAUCGUCAACACGACUCUGUCCUUGUGGAAUGGCAUCUUUGACCAGGCAGGCGACGCAGAGAACCUCGAGUACCCGGAGGGCUUGAAAGCCAUCCUCUUGUCUCUCCGACCCUUCGUGGAUAUCGUGCUGCCGGGAUUGGAAGCCUCCAGCAUUGAAUCUGGAGGUCGUGAGCCAUUCUUCGUCGAGUCCCAGGAUGAUAUGCCUCGUCUGAGCAACAUCACGUCGACCAAAUCUAGCCGGGCAACUCCCCGCCCGACUUCAUCGUCUCGUCGUUCCGUCUCUCCAUCGCUCAGACUUUUCGCGGCCGCAAAACGACGUCCGGACCCUACUCCCAACCGGAAAUCAGGCAAUAGGCGCAGCACCACGCCUCGACUCAGACAUGAUGAUUCCCAGGUGCAGUUUGCCGCCAUCGAGUCGUCACCGGUUGGUGAUGACCUGGAAUCCCAAGUCCUCACUGAGCAUCAGAAAGAAGUCCGUGAGCGACAGAAGGAAAAUGCCGCCCUCUUCCCCGAGAUACGGUCCAGUCCUAACAAAGCUAAGAGCGGCUUGGUCCGUGGCUCUUCCCGGGCGUCAUCAUCGCACAGAUCGCCCGUGAACCAGCGGACCGAAACCCCUGCACCCGAGGGUACAUUCGACGACUAUGUCGCAUCCACGCCGACUCCACGCCGUGGUCGGCCAUUGCCCAUUGCCGAUCAGGACCACGACAUGACUGAUCCUCCAUCGUCGCCUCCGGAGCCAAGAAGGAAUCCACUCUUGGCUGAGAUCCAAUCGCGGUCUGCUAGCAGCAGUCUCAUGGACGAAUGGCAGUUCUCCUCCUCUCCAAUAUCCGGCUCGCCCAGCCAGAACCGCGCCGCUCCCGCACCAGAGCAGCCUACUAACGGGAGAGACUUGGCGGAUGGGUGCCGAGAGCCCGGCCGCGAAGAUGAUGAAAUCGAAGACGGAGAAGAUGACGCCAUGGAUCAGGCAGAAUCUGAAUUGCCCACGUCGAACGCUGAUGACAUGGUCGAAAACGAUAUCCUUGUCCAAAAGCGCGCGGGUUCUUCCUCCCUAGAUGCGCCAGAAGAGAUAACUGAGCAACUUCCAUCUACACCACCGCAAUAUCCCCGACCUCCGCAGUAUCAAGAGACUCCCAAGUCUGACAACGAGGUGUUUAUCGACGCACGGGCUAGCCCUUUGCCAUCCACGCCGAGAAGGAGCCAGAGAGCCGUUAGAUCCUCUAUGUCGGUUCAAAGCAAUCCGCGUCGUCUAGGCGAGCAUUCGCAGAAUAGUUCUUUGAACAUCAGCAAUGUGGAUGAAAUGAGCGUGCCCAAACUUGUGGUGGAACUCGAUUCUGGGAGAUUCGAUAGCUCCGAUUAUCGACAGCUGUCUGAUUCACCGGAUAAGCUAGGCCAGCCGGAGGAGGCCCUCGACUGCAUCGUUGUGGGACAGAGUCCCUCUAAUAAUCCCGGGGAAACUUCAUCGAAACAGAGCAUCUCGCAUCCUGUGACACCCACGAAGCCGUCCACUGAGGCUGAAGAGGCUGCAACGGCAAGCUCCCAAGUCACGUCGGGCUCAGGCAGGAAGAGACGUGGUCGGUCGUCCUCAAAGGCCCAUGGAGCAGGCAAGAAGAGAAAGCGUCAAGAAACAGAAACCGAGCGUGCGAUGGAAACGGUUGCUGAUAGUCAGCACAACGCGGUCGGCGACGUGAUCCAACUUCGGAAGGGCCGCGUGGCGAAGAAGAAGAGGCCCUCUCCGGAAGCCGUGGAACAGCAAUCUCAAGAGGAACACAUUGCGAGCUCUUGGCCGGAAUUCCCGAGCCAGGCUCUGCCUGAGGUCAACAUGCACGAUGCCGUCGCGCCAGGUUCCGAGGAAUACGAGGUGCAUUCACAGAUUGUUCAGGAGGCGAAGGCCCAAGGUGUCCGAUCGCAGACUGGGGAGCCGGAAACGGAGAUGAGCAGCGCCAUGCAGGUCGAGACCACUGAGGCAGGUGCUGCUGAGACAGAAAGGCAAGCCGAGGCUGAAGCCGAAGCCAUGGCUCAAGAAGAGCAGGCCGAGGCGGCCAAGGAUGGAGGAGGUAUAUUGUCGAGGAUCAUGACGACACUCCAAGGCGGACUGAACGCGCUUCGGACCGCCAAGCUGUCGAGAGAGGAGGUCUAUCAGGUUGAGGACAUUUUCAUGGACAUGAAGAGAGAACUGUACGAGGCAGAGAGACGUGGCAGAGCAUAGUUUAACUUGCAUGGUUCAAGGCGUCAAAAGGAAGGCAUUCGAAUGGAUGGUUGGGUACAGGGGCGUCACUGUUAGAAUACCAAAUAGGACACAGCAAGGAGGAGUGUAUUGCUAUUUACCUUACCUUGACGUAGUUUUGAGAAUGAACUCGAGUUCAAGAGAA